AUGUAAGCACUUAAGUUUAAAGAAUUUAUGGCUUCUACUGAUUUAUCAACAAUUGAUAAAUUAAUUUUCGAUUUUAAUAAUUUAAGCAAACAAUAAGUUAAACUAAUUCCUUAAUUCUUCAAAAAAAUAGCUCAGUGCAAUAAUUUGAAAUAUUUAUUUUUAGACAAUAUUCAUGGUCCAGAAGUUCCUGAACUAAUAGAAUUCAGUAAUUACAUAGCUACAUGCCAAAGCAUUGAAGAACUGUUUCUUGAUUUUUGUUAUAAAAAUAUAGAUGAUUUAACUUUACCUGACAUUUUAAAAUUCUUGCCUUCACUUAAAUGUCUAAAAUUCUUUGAAAUUUAUCUAUAAAAUAACAAUAUUACAGCUAAUGGAAUUUAAUUGCUAGGAAAUUUGAUAAUAGAAUGUAAAUAUAUUGAAUAAUUAUGUCUUUAAUUAGGAUCUAAUUAAAUUGGUAAUGAAGGCUUAUUCUCUAUUUGCAAUGAGUUCUAAUAUCUAAAUAAUUUGACAAAUUUAACUCUUUAUGCUUAUAAUAACUAAAUUAAUGACGAAGGAAUAUCUGGUGCAGGUUUUGGAUUAUUCAAAUGCAAAAAUCUGAAAUAUCUGGAUAUAGACUUUACUCUUAAUGAUAUAACUGAUAAAGGAGCUUUAGAAUUAGUCAAAUAUAUCUCUAAAUUCAAUAGCUUAGCUUUCUUAAAAAUUUAUAUGAUGGAUUGCAAUAUUAAAUUUCCUAAAAAUCUAAUCAAAGUGUUAAAAAAAACAAAACUUUUAGCAAGACUUGUUGCAUUAUUUAUUUCAGAUAAAAAUGUUAUAUGA